ACGCAGACGUCGAUAUGAAGAGAGCAUCCGUCGAUAUGAAGAGAGCAUCCGUUUUCUUCCUUCUUACAUCUUUAUUUGGCUCUUUCAAUGCCCGCUAUGUACAACAACCUAGUUCAAUAAAUGCAACUGUGGGUUUGACAGUUAACUUUACAUGUGAAGCAACUGGUGUAAAUUCACUACACUUUUUGGCCAAUGCCACACCAGUAGUUGGAAAUGCCCUUUCAAUAAGAGGUUUCCGACAAAGUCAAAAUACUAUUAAUGGAACUACAAAAAGUUCUUUACGUGUGGAGGCUCAAAAAAUUAACAAUAAUACAAAUAUAUCUUGUACUGAUUCUGACAAUAUUAGAAGUACUACUGCUGUAUUAAUGAUACAAGGUUUGUUAGCUAGUGUUCGUGAUUUAACAACUACCUUUAUCAAUGGAUCUAAUGUACUAUUAUCAUGGACAGCACCUUAUACACUGGACAAUGUACCUAUCACUGGAUACUACAUUGACAAUGGUUCUAGGAACUAUACCACUAGUGAUACUUCUUUUGUAUUAUCAAGUACUGAUCCUGAUCCUUGUAUCUUAACUAAUGUAUCAGUGUCUGCUAUUAAUGGAGUUGGAAGAGGUGAACCAGCUUAUACCAGUUUCUAUUAUAAAAGAGUUCCUCCUAAAACUCCUACAGUAUCAGUAAUUCCCGGGGCACUAGUUAACAAAAUGAACCGAUCAUUGUCACUAAAUAUUAUUAUUAAUGCUAGUAAAUUAUGUAUUGGAGAGUAUCCUAAUAAUAUAACAUUUUAUGUAUUAAGAACUGAUGGUACAGUAGUGUAUAGCAACAGUAUAUCACCAGAUUUUAAUGAACAAACGAUGGUUAUGACAGGACACAGUUCACUAAUAUUACCUGAUCUUCCUACUGUUAUUAUUAAUGUAUCAUUGAGUAACAAAGGGGGUGAAUUUAACAAUGUAUCAUCUUUUGUUCUAGGCACUCCUGGGCCAGUUACUGACAUUACAUUAAUUAAUAUUACCUGUAAUACUGUUACUGUCACUUGGAAUAGUCCUAAGUGUACAUAUAUCCUCUGUGAUAUUAUGUUGUAUUACAACUUGAAUAUUAAUGAUGUUCUAUUGAUUGCCAGCAAUACUCAUUAUAAAUUUAAAGACAAGAAUGUGGACCAUCUUAGUUGGAACAUCAGUGUCACUCCAGUUAAUAUAUUUGGAAAUGGAACAUCUACCAAUGCUACUUUUUUUAAUUAUACAGUUCCUAGGCCUGCACUAGGGCCUGCAGUAAAAAAUACUACUACUAUAUUUAAUGUAUCUCAUAUUAGUGUUCAGUACAACAUACCAGUUUCAGUAAUAUGUAAUACUGAAACUCCAGAGAUUGCUAAUAUUACUCUACUGUGUAAUGAAACUGGUUCUGUUGACACUCAUAUUGUUUCUGCAUCAGCUGGAAACAUAACUGUGUCAUUUUUAGUUCUCAAAAAUCAGACAUGUAAUUUAACCAUUGUUUUUAGCAAUCAUGCUGGGAGCAGUGAGCCAUUGAUACUGAUCAUAGAUACAUAUAUUGAUCAAGAUCCCACUAGUACAAUGAAUAAGAUACCAUGGUGGAAGAAGUGGGAGUAUAUACUUCCGGGAGUUAUAUGUUUUGUUAUAGCUGCUUGUGUCAUAUUCAAGCUUAUUUGCCACUAGUGUUGUUCUAGUAUGGAAUUGUAUUUUAGUUCUAAUUCUAGUUUUUUGACUAAAAAUACUAUUAUUUUAGUUCUAGUUCUAGUUUUUAACUAAAAAUAUAUUAAUUUUAGUUUUAGUCCUAGUUCUUUGACAAGAAA